AUGGUGAUUACUUCGAAGCCUCCAACGAUUACUGAAGCCAUUGAUUUGAGUGUGGCAUUGACUGAACAAGCAAUCAGGUGGAACAAGUUUUCGACCUCUGAUGGAAAGAAGAAGGAGACUCACAUCGAGUCAUCAGGAGAAAACAAGAGAAAGUUCUCCAACUUCAAGAAAGGAACCCAAGGAAGCAGCAGUGGUACUAACAAGAAAAGAGAUGCUAACCCACCAAUAGAGGUCAGGACUGGUGUUGCAAGUUUUGAGAGCAAGGGGAAAGGGCAUGUUAGGGAGGCAUGCUGGUAUGGUGUUGGACGAAGAAAUGGAGGAUCCGGUGGGAAUCGUAGUGGAAACUGUGCUGGAAACGGUAAUGGGAAUCAGACUGGGAACCGCCAUCAAGGAGGAAAUGACGGUAAUGCGAAUCGUGGUGGUUCUGGAAAUCAAGCUGGGAACGGAAACCGUGGAGCGACCAAUAACCAGGAAGGAAAUGGAAAUGGAAACGGAAAUGGUAGAGGCCAAGGUUGUUUUGGAUCUGGAGACAUCGGGCAUUUCAAGCGAGAUUGCCCAAAGAACAACCAAGCUCAAGGCAGAGUCUUCAACAUCGGAGCUAGGGAAGCUCGUCAGAAUCCGAACGUAGUCACUGGUACGUUCCCUAUCAACCAACAUUUUGCAUCUGUAUUAUUGGAUUCCGGUGCCAAUUAUAGCUUCGUAUCCAUAGAAUUUUAA